AUGGCUUCGCUCAAAAACCAAGGAAAUGAUUGGGCCGGUGUUAAGAGUCCUGCAAAACAGCAGCGAAAGCGUGGGCGGCCUCCUAUCCAAUCGACUUCCGACUCCACAUCACCUGGCCAUGAGGACUCGCAACGGAAAGAGCGAGUCAGACUUGCACAGAGAGCAUAUCGAAAUCGCAAAGACAUGAAAGUAGAUGGCUUGAAAGCAAGAAUAGCGAGGCUUGAAUAUGCAUUGGAUCAGACGAUGAAAUUAUUCACUAGGUUUCAGAAUUUGGCGAUCGGAACAGACAAUCUUCCCCCGAAAAUUGCGAUGGAGAUUAGUAAAACUGCUUUGAGUGUUGCUUCGAUUGCUCAGAAAGCGCACUCAGGAGAGCCUCUUCAGAACGUUGUUCCGGAACAUGACGGAUCUGGGCCGGAUUGUCAAGAUGCAACAGCGAAUUCUAUUGAGGGGUUCGUUGCCAGGAAAAAUCGGCCGGAUGAGACAGCACCAUCAUCCGGUUCCAGUUACCCGUCGACAACCUCAGCGCCCAGAAUUGGCGCUACAAGCUUUGGCCUAGCGGAGACCCCAUCACAAAUGGGCUUCUCUACCACAAUCUCCACGCAGCAGAACCUGGCUCUUCGGACACCAGAAACUCACCGCAGAACACAGUUUGCAGCAUCGCUGCUCAGACUAUGUUUGGAAGAGGGUGUUCGGCUACUGACUUCUCCAACCAUGACCGAUGAUGAUCUUCAUCCCGCACUGUCAAUCCACCUCACUUGGGUGACCGUUGACGAUCUUCGAAUGCAAUCCGUGCGAUCCAUGCCAACCAACUUCGAGUAUCUCCCAGAAGAUCCAGACCCAUCCAUGGCCCUGGUAUAUCCUAAUAUGUAUCGCUCGAUCGAAGGAAGUGAUGGCAUUGUGGUCCCUCGGGUGCCGAAAUUAAGGCCUCAGCAAUUAGUUCAUGGACGAACGAGAACGAAGAUUAGCACCAAUUUGCACGACUUUCAGGGCGAGUGGUUAGAGCCGAUCGAUGUGCAGGAGUACCUGGAGCAGAAGGGAAUAUUCUUGGGAAGCUGUGGGCAAAGUCAAGUGCUCCAAAUUACUAUCCCUGAGACUACGCUUGAAGAUAUUUGGAUACAGAAUGCGGAUGCCAUAUUUACGGAAGAGAUUCAACGGUCAAGAAUCCUGUCGACUUUAUGGCCAUUUGGUAUCGAGUCGCAAGAUCUCGAACUCGAAGUACCAGAUGAAGUAGUGACGCAAUCAGCAGAAUCCGAAAUUCCAACCCUGGCAAGACAGAAUGAUGCGCUGGGUAUAAGUAAUCCAGAGCAAUCCAUCGUCGGACAUGCUCUUCAUGAGUAUCACUCUCGAAGCGAUGCAGCUCAAUACAACUUGCCAAGCGAAUUUUAUCCACCAAGAUACGCCGAACAACUUAUCAGUGUUGGCCUGCAUCUUGAGAGGUUUAUGGGAUUCCUCGUCGGAGCUGCUCGUUGUAUUGGAUCUGGACCGGGAAUUAGGAAGGAAGCUGUCGAUCAUGCGUUAAGGGUGUCAAUAGCCGUAUAUUGA